AUGGUAGUUUCAAUAUUGAGUUUUCUUGUUAAACUUGUCAAACCACUUGCCUUGUCUAUCAGCACAGUGACCGAAUUCAUACUACUGAGUUUUCCGUGCUCCAGAGAGAUUCAGGUCCUCCUUUUCGUGUUGUUCUUUGUGUCCUACAUCCUGACACUGAUGGGGAACGGGGCCAUUGUCUGUGCAGUGAAGCUGGAUCACAGGCUUCACACCCCCAUGUACAUUCUGCUGUCCAACUUCUCAUUCCUGGAGAUCUGUUACAUCAACACCACUGUUCCCAAUAUGUUAAAGAACUUCCUAUCUGAGACCAAAACCAUCUCUUUCACUGCUUGCUUCUUCCAGUUCUAUUUCUUCUUCUCCAUGGGCAUUACUGAGACUUUCUUACUGCCCCUCAUGGCUUUUGAUCGGUACUUGGCCAUCUGUCGGCCUCUCCAUUAUCCUAACAUCAUGAGUAGCCACUUCUGCAUGAACCUGGUGGCCCUCUGCUGGGUCACAGCCUUCCUCUGCUAUCCAGUCCCUAUCUAUUUUAUCACACAACUCCCCUUUUGUGGCCCCAAUACCAUUGACCACUUUGUCUGUGACCCUGGUCCUCUUCUGGCUCUGUCCUGCAUCCCUGCCCCUGGAAUUGAGCUUUCCUGUUCUAUAUUGAGCUCUCUUAUUAUCUUCAUCAGCUUCUUCUUCAUCCUUGCAUCCUACACCCUGGUUCUCAGAGCAGUGUUGCGUGUCCCUUCAGCAGCUGGCCGACGUAAGGCCUUCUCCACCUGUGGCUCCCACCUGACUGUGGUGUCUCUCUUCUAUGGAUCCAUCAUGGUCAUGUACAUCAGCCCAACCUCUGAAAAUGCAGCUGGGAUACAGAAGAUUGUAACCUUGUUCUACUCAUCAGUGACCCCACUUAUAAACCCACUGAUCUACAGUCUCCGGAACAAUGACGUGAAGGCUGCCUUGAGAAAAAUUCAUAUGUGCACAAAAAUUAGUCAAAGCAAAUGAGUACUCAUUCUAGUGUACCUAGAUCAGCCCCAAUCCACAGACUCAUCUUAUAGAGCCACUAUUUUAGAUAAAUAUGUGACAUAUAUUUGGGAAAAGUGAAGGAGGCUGCAGUGAUUACUAAAGGUGACUCAAACACUAAUGACAGUAGCAGAAGUUUCUUUUCCUGAGUCAAUUUUGAAAUCCUCCAUUUAUAAAGUAAGGACCAGAUUACAUUCUUCUUAUCUUUUAUCUAUGCAAGAUAAUUAAGAUACCUGGAAACAAGAUCACAUUUUUAAAAUGGUUAGCACUUAGGGGCAUCACGAUUUGGGUUAGUUUCAUGUGAAGGGAGGUUGAGUUGAAUGCACAGCCCAAAAGAGGAAAAGCCAGUGAUUCUAAGAGAUUGAGAUGAAGACAGAUGCAGAU